UGACAGAAGAUGGGUGAUUUACACAAGCACUACCAAACCUUUGAUCAUUUUUUACGCAAGUCUAAGAAGGAGUUCGAAAAUCAUAUAAAAAAUGACAUGGUUAUACAAGGCAAUAUACAAGAUUUCAAUAUUUUGAAGAUUCUAGGUACAGGUUCAUUUGGAAAGGUGGUGCUGUGCAAGCAUGUCGCUGAAGGAGAUAAGCUAUAUGCUAUGAAGAUUAUGGAGAAGAUCAACAUAAUCAAGAACAAACAGUUGUUGCAUACAAUCAGCGAAAUAAGGUUUUUAGAAGCUUUCAAAUUUCCAUUUAUUGUCGGUCUAAUGUAUUUUUUUAAGAACAAUGUGUACAUAUUCAUAGUGAUGCCGUUCAUAGCAGGAGGUGAAAUGUUCUACCAUCUGCGAAGUAUGAAAAAAUUCGAAGAAAGCUUGAGUAAAUUCUACGCGGCACAAGUAAUAAUGGCCUUUGAGUACAUGCACGCCCUAGGAGUCGUUUAUAGGGACUUGAAACCUGAGAACAUCCUCAUAGACGUAGACGGGUAUCUGAAGAUCACCGAUUUAGGAUUCUGCAAGAAGAUUGACAACACUCGAACGUUUACAUUAUGUGGAACCCCCGAAUACUUAGCACCAGAAAUCAUCUUAAGUCAAGGUUACAAUUACUCGGUGGACUGGUGGGCACUUGGCGUACUUAUAUACGAAAUGGCCGCAGGAUUUCCUCCAUUCUAUUCAAAAGAACACAUGAAGCUGUAUGAAAAAAUCGUAUCGGGACGCUUUGCGUGCCCGCCCCAUUUCACGAAGCCGCUCAAAGACCUGAUAUUGAACAUUCUUCAAGUGGAUAGGACAAAGAGAUACGGUCAGCUGAAAGGAGGCAGCAAGGACAUAAAGGGACACGACUGGUUUAGAGGUACCGACUGGGAUGGAAUACUAAGUAAACGUGUAAAAUCGCCGUUUGAACCAACAUUAGAUAAUGUCGGUGACACCAAGUAUUUCGAAACUUACGGAGAUAUAGUUUUAAGAGAGUCCAUUAAUAACGAAUAUGCUGAUGAAUUCGCUGAUUUUUCCGUCGGAAAAAAAGGUUUUAUGUGAAAGUUUUAACUUUUAUAACAAAGUUUACUGUAAAUUUUAUAUUUUAUUUACAUCAGCUUGGACUUGUCGUUUAUGCUGGUUUUCUGGUUAUUUUAUAGAAAAAUAAUAUACAC